AUGCUUCUGAAUACUAUUAAGUCUAAAACUUUGAUAAUUAAACAGGCUGAAUUGCUAAAGAAUUGUGGUGCCAUACUGCAAACUCCUGCAGAGCUUAGCAAAACAUCAGGAACAACAACAACUGAAGCUCCUGUCAGUGGCAAUGUAUCUAAUUGCUAUUUUACCUCAAAGAUUCCUGAUACUUCUGAUUUGGAAAUUGUGUGGGAUGAAAAAGACGAACAUAGUACAGCUGGAAGUCAACAAAUAAUGCAGAAUUGUGAAUCCUCUUCUCCUUCAGUUAGUCUGAGCAAGUCGCAGGACUAUGAAGGUAUACAAAUCGAAUCAUUCAUUGAACUGAAAUCUACAUUGCACAACCCUGAUAUCUCUCUGCAUCCACAUGAAGCUCAUAUUCAUCUACAAGCUUCUGUAGAUUCACCUUCUCAGACUCCACUCAAAGUGACUAAUGAAAUGGAGACACCAGCUACUGUUUAUCCAACCAAUAUAUGCAACCUUGCAGCUGGCAAAGGUCCUAGGAUUGAGAUUCAGUAUGCCUAUCCACUUACGAAUCCUGUGGAAACUCUCAGAUGGAAAUUGUUUAAUUCAUAUUCAUUGGAUCCGCAAACCUCUUCUCUUCCCCGUCGCCACCACUGCCCUAACCGCCGAUUCUUCUCCGCCGUCGGCGCCAUUUUUUUCUCUUCUUCUCUCACCCGGCGCCGCCUGACCGCCUGCUCUCUGCCCACCGGCGCUGACGCCGAGCACCGGAAGACUCUGAACAGUUUUGAAAUGCUUAAAACAACUAGUAGAGACAUGAUUGCAGUUGUCCCGGUGCACCCAGAACAAGCAGUAUCCCAGUGGUUGAAACCUACUAUUGCAAAGUAUGGAGUGCUUAAUGUGACAAAGGAAAAUUCAUACUCGACAAAGAGUUCUGAUGCAGACAGGUCUAUUCUUGGGUUGGUUGCAGCACACUGGAAAGACAAGACACCUGUAUAUAGAUCUUCAAAACAGUGGGAUGGCAAUGGAAUUCCAAACUCCACAAACAAGUUCGAAGAGGACCAGAGAGUUAGCUGGCACGCGACACCAUUUGAGGAGAGACUAGAGAAAGCAUUUUCCAAUGAAAAUUCCUUUCCUAAAAGGAAUUGCCAGUAUGGUAAGUCACCGAAGAUGGAGGAUGAAGAGUCAGCUGAUACAGCAGCAUCUUAA